CUGAAUUCAGGAGAAUCCAAGAAUGGAUUAAGGAAGGUACUACUGGACAGUUAAUGAAUUAUUGGAUUUAUUAUUAAUGUGUUCUGACAGUUUAUUUAACCUACAGUAUUCGUUAUUGUGAAUUUAGUAAGACUAAGAAUUAGUUACAUUCAGAUAUUAUCGCUUCUCGGCCUUUUGGCUAAGAUCAAGUGCAGAUAUUACUCAAUGUUUUUGAGGAUAAUAAGGGGCUGAGCUGAGUGUUGGGGGGCACAGUUUGUUCUUGAUCCUGAAACACAUAAAGCAAAUGAUGAUUUUCAGGUUCCAUUCUUAGAGAGCCUUUUAUCUUACUCACUUGUAGCCAGUCUGAAUUCGGUUAAUGUCCAUGAAUGAGAAUAGCUAUAGGUAGAUCCAUUUACAGUCUCCUUUGGGUUCCUUGUGUUUUUUUCUUAGUUUAAGCAAGCCCCCUGGCCUUGUUGUUAACUGACAUUUUUGGCAAUGGUGACUUUUCUUGAGAAAUAUAGUCUUGAGAAACUCCUAAAACAUGCAGAUUACAAACACUGGGUGUAUCUCUUACCAAUAAUGACUAUAAUAAAUUAGGAAUUUUAUUUUAUUUAAGAAUUUUUUUUUUAUGUUUGUUUUUGAGAGAGACAGAGAGCACGAGUGGGGAAGGGACAGAGAGAGACACACAGAAUCUGAAGCAAGGUCCACACUCUGAGCUGUCAGCACAGAGCCCAAUGGGGGGCUCGAACUCAUGAACUGUGAGAUUAUGACCUAAGCCGAAGUCAGACACUUAACCCACUGAGCCACCCAGGCGCCCCCGAAAUUUUAUUUUAAACCCAGAAUAAUUAUGGUUAAUAUUAUAUACACAAAAGUGUGUUUAUCUGCAUGUUUUUCCUGUUAAUGGACAUGAGGCCAGAUUUACCAACUGAAAGUGCCUAAAAUUGCAGAAUGUGUCAUGAAUGUGGGGGACCUGGAAUGGCAGGCAUGUAAAUAUGUUUAUUUCACAGUGUGUGAGCACCUUCUAAGUGACAGGAAGAGGGAAGGCAGCAUUUGUUGAGGGUCUUUUCUGUGCUAGUUUAAAAAUACAUAUUUAAUCCCCAUAAUAGGAUUAAAAGCUUGGCAUUUUAUUUAGUUUAGCAAAUAAAAGUAUGGGCUCCAACCCCAAUUGGUUGUGUUGGCUGCCUUGAUGGUGAUGAUAUUGAUGGAGAAAAAAACCUAGAGAUGAAUGGGAGCUUCCUUAGGAAGGAAGCGGUGUGGCUCUGACCCCGGAGUCCGCCUUUUUCCUUCAUACCGAGCUGCCUCCCAGCUAUUAACACGGUGCAGUUAAGAAAAGAACGCCAACAUUUACAGAGUGUGAACUGGAAGUAUAUUUUGGUCCUUUUCAGUAAUUGUCAUUUCACCUUAGGACACUGGGUUGCAACAUUUUUUCGGUGCACCUGAGGGACUCACUGAGACAGUGGCAAACAAAUAACAAAUAUUUGUUGCGUGAACGUGAAUAGAUGUUAGAUAAAAUGGACAGCCCAGAAAAUAGCCUCCAUUGUGCUCAGUACAUACCCCAUCUCAGCUUCCCAGCCUGUUGCGUUACUUAAGGUCUGAACGGGAUGAAAUGCGGUUUACUAGCGAGCUGGGCCUGGCUUUAUACAGGUGAGCCCCCCUCGGGAAGUGGGGUCCGGGGCGGGGUGGGGGGCGGCGUGGAGGGCAUUCGUCUGCGAUGCUCUCCAAAUGGAACACAAGCCUAAAGGGGAAACUGCUUGUGCGGGAAGUCACGACUUUGAAAUGCCUCCCCUUUGUGUCCAGGAGAAGCCCUGUGGGAGGCUAUGUUCCUCUAACCAAAGGAGAAGGGACCGUGCUGAGGAUGUCGGCCCUCAACUGGAAGCCCUUCGUGUACGGCGGGCUGGCCUCCAUCACGGCCGAAUGCGGUACUUUUCCAAUUGAUUUAACCAAGACACGGCUCCAGAUUCAAGGCCAGACAAAUGACGCAAACUUUAGAGAAAUCCGGUAUCGAGGAAUGUUGCACGCCUUAGUGCGGAUAGGCAGAGAAGAAGGGCUGAGAGCCCUGUAUUCAGGGAUUGCCCCUGCGAUGUUACGCCAGGCUUCCUAUGGCACCAUCAAGAUAGGCACUUACCAGAGCUUGAAGCGACUGUUUGUUGAACACCCAGAAGAUGAAACUCUACUGAUAAAUGUGGUGUGUGGAAUUCUCUCUGGAGUCAUAUCCUCAACCAUCGCUAAUCCAACGGAUGUUUUGAAAAUACGGAUGCAAGCCCAGAGCAGCACCAUUCAAGGGGGAAUGAUAGGCAACUUCAUUAACAUUUACCAGCAGGAGGGAGCGAGAGGAUUGUGGAAGGGCGUGUCCCUUACCGCGCAGAGGGCUGCUAUCGUCGUCGGUGUGGAGCUCCCGGUCUAUGACCUCGCCAAGAAGCACCUGAUUUUCUCGGGCCUGAUGGGAGACACUGUGUAUACCCACCUCCUCUCAAGCUUCACCUGUGGUCUGGCCGGGGCCCUGGCCUCAAACCCUGUGGAUGUUGUGAGAACACGUAUGAUGAAUCAGAGAGUCCUUCGAGACGGCAGGUGCUCGGGCUACACUGGUACCCUGGACUGCUUGUUCCAGACAUGGAAGAAUGAAGGGUUUUUUGCUCUGUAUAAAGGGUUUUGGCCGAAUUGGUUGAGACUUGGUCCUUGGAAUAUCAUUGUAUCCUUUUCUGUCGCAGUACGUCUGGAAAAAAAGGUGCAGCGAAAGGAAUAUUGUUUGUAUAAACUGUCAUGUUAUUAAUGAUAAUUUAGAAGUGGGUUCGUAUUCUUUUGAGCUCCUCCGAUUCUAAGAAAUAACUAUUUGCUUUCUGUCUUAGAAGGUAUAAAGUCUCUGUGCUGGGCCAAGUGAAUCUUGGUAUAGUGAUAGUGUUAUUGAAAGGUAAUGGUAUCAAUACAAACUUCUAUUCAGUCUGUUUUAGAAGCUGGGAAUAUUUACGAUUACAGAGAGAGAGAGAGACAAGGAUUUUCUAUCCUUAGCCACCAUUGGGAAGGAUGCGGUCUGACAGCACUGUUGUAGAAUGCUUAUUUUAGAGAGCACCUGAGGUUAAACAGGAAUUAGCUCCUGAAUUAUUGGGCUGAUAAGCAGUGUUUCCUGUAUGCCAAAGUGGGAGACAGGAAAGAAGUAGCCGUUCAUUAGACACGAAAAGGCAGAAUUACAUAGAAGGGAAUGUGGUUUUCACCAUCUCUGUUUCUCUUUAUCUGCCCCUCCCUGCUGAAGGCCUGCCUAGUGGUGACCCUCGAGAGGGCGUCCCAGGGCUUGCUGUCUUUCACUUUCACAUAGAAUUUUACUGUUUGGGCAAGUCUGCGCACAGCAGUCACCAAAGCUGGUCAGCGUGGACGUGAUCUUCCAAGAGGCUCUUGGAACAGACGCUAGGGCGCUGAUGUUAUCUAAGCUGUGAUUGUUCUGUUCCAGGCUGGCCUUGGGAAGGCUAAUGGGAAGACCUUUGGGGGCGGAUAAGGAUCCCGGGUGUUUAAUCAUGUGCAUGGCCUGUGGUCUUCCCGGACAUACUUGUUAGAUGUACUGUGAGUCCGUUUUUAUGUGUCAGUGUUGUUCAGAUGGCAUUUUCGUUGUCAGCCUCAACCAAUAACUGCAGUUUUUUGUGACCUAUGAGCAGUUGAAGAAAUUGGAUUUGUGACAAGUCCAGGCUGCACGAGACAGCGCUCUGAAAACGCCUGCUUGCGAAACAAUCAAGCUUCCUGUGUUUCACGCUGCUUCUCACUGCUUGGCUCGUCACAGAUUCUGAAGCAUGCGUGAGCAACAGCCGAAGACGGGGUUAGUGCACAUUGCUGUGUGUUGGCAAUGGAUGCUCUGCAUCAAAUGUUUAAUGCCACAAACUGACAUGCAAACACUGGUCCUUACCAUGGAAGUGCCCUUAGACAUCAAAGACGGCAUGCAAAGUGCGCGUUUCUUGCUCAAGAAAACUUGCAAGAAGAUCAGGAACUGUGAAUUGUUUUCUCCAGGGGACGGUAGCACCUGUUGCCCUCUAGCGAACAGCUGAGAAUAGCAGAGUGCUCUAGGGAAGCUCGCAGGAACCACGGAAUGGAGCCUCCAAGAGGGUAUUACUGUUCCUGAACUUCUGGGGACGUUUGCUUCUUGUCGGCUGAAGACAUUUCACGCGUGGAGACCUGGCCCUUUCAACUCCAGGUGUAAACAGUGCAGGAAAUAGAUCUCUGGAAUAUUGCACUGCUUUAUAAUUUCCUAUUUUGGCAGGAUCUUUCACUUACAAUAAGUGAUUUUAAGCCUUUGAAGGCUUGACCUUUGUGAGGAAUUGUUACAAAGUAUUAAUAUCUAAACCCAUGAUGGUGAGAUACCUUGGCUUUGAGACUGGCAAGGUUGCUGUUGACGGGAGGGAUUUUUAGCUGCGUGGGUUUGGUCUCAGGUAAUGUUGGUAAUUUGCUCUGAUUUUUAGCCCAGUUUUAUUAUUUCUCAGUCUGUAAAAUGGAGAUAUGACAUCUACUGAUGUUGAGGCUCAAAUGAAGAAAAUAAUAGCGGCUAUCACUUGACUUGAGGGUCAGUGUGUUUACAUCAGUCACGCUGUCAUCUGGCUGGAAUCCCAGCAUCCACAGUUGGGUGCAAAGAAGAGAGUCGUUCUCACUGGAACCCCCAACAAAGCCUGUUGUUAGAGUCCUUGUGAAAAGAAAGAGCACAGUGUAAGUUACAGUUUUAUUACUUUUUCCUUAGCAAGAUGUUGCGAGUGAAUUGAAGAAUUGAUUUUUCCGGAUUUCCCAGAUUUUCCUUCAGUUCAGGUGAUCGUCUGUUCAAAUACUUCCUGUCUUGGGCUUCCUGAUUGGUUUGGAUGGAAAACACUUGCUUGACAUUAAAAAAAAACUCUUUAGUACCGCACCUGUUUUCUGGUUUCUGAAAGAGGUCCAUAGUGUCUUCCUUUCUUUUUCUAAAGACAACAAAAAUCAUUCUCCCUUCUCUUUCUCUCCUUCAUCUUGUUCCUUUGAAAAUAAAAAGUGACUCCGAGAGCCCUAAGACCUUUAUACACUUCUCGCGGGCUGCCCCAGGGCAGGGAACAUAUUUACUUGGGUACCUUCAGUUCUAGCCUUUGAGAACAUUAAAUACACACUAACUGGGGCUCCGGGGCAGACCCUCCUGCGGGGGCGUGUGCUCAGCAGGUGCCUGGUGUGUCCGGCCACCUCCCUUGAAGCAGAAAAGAAGGAACCCCGGUUUUUCUUAUGGACUGCGCAGUUUUGCUGCCAGUCCCUUCCACUUUGCCUUCUUUAUUAAUGUUUACUUGGAGAAACAUUUUGUGAGGCAGAAUUGCAGUUCCAAACCAGAGACAAAGUCGUUAAAAAGAGAGAGGAAGAGGUGGUGGCGUGGCAUGUAGGGGCUAACGGGUUAAAGACGUAGCUGAAAGUCCGGCUCCCCUGGCCCAAUCUGGAUGGGACUCUGCAGAGCUGAGCUCACUUGGCUCCCACUCCUGGUACUGAACCGUAUCUUUAGACGGAGAUUUUCUUCCUCUUACCAAGACAUUCCAUUGAUGUGGUAAGGGCUUUCUCUGGAAAGGCUUUCACUUUUGAGUUCUGUGAGUUUAAAGGAUUACUUUUUAAGAGUCACUUUUUUUUUUUUUUUUUUAACGAAGAAAACAUAUAUUUUUAAGUGUACAUAUAAUUUCUAAAACAGUAGAAGCAAAUCCUUUUGAAGACCGGAAAGAGUCAACGUCCUGCAACAUUCAUUAUGUCAGUUUAUUCAAAUUAUGCAUAUGUUCAUACCAGGAUAAGAAGAAACUCAAACCUCACCAUAACACCUGAGCACGUUUUUGAGACAAAAAUAGAGUAUUUCUCCAGUGUAGCUUUAUUAAACACAUUAUACAGAACAGGAUCUUAACCUGUUUUGGUUUUUCUGUUUCUUGAAAGAGUUCAUGCAGUUGCCACGCUCCUAACCAGGAAAGAACUUAGGGACUUGGAGACUCGGUUCCCUUAUUUUCAGGGGUGUGGCUACAAGUCCCCCGACCUCCUUGGAUAUUGCUUAAAUGUGGCAAAAGGAUUUUUAGCUUUUAUAACUAAAAUGAAGAUAACGGAUUUUUUUUGUUUGCUUGUGGAUUUGUGUAAUCAUUGAUGCUAAAUGUUGCUGAUCUGUGAUCUAAAAAUGGCCCCUGUUCAUAUUUAUUCAUGAGCUAGAAAUAGUAUGUAUUAUAUAAAAACUAUACAUUUUCAUAAGCCUUUAUAUUUCAGGCUCUUUAUUUAAACAUUGUUGGAAUAUGUGGCGUAAACCUUGUUUCAUUAUUUAAUAAACUGGACUAAUACAUAAUAA